GAAAGGACCAUAGCUACAUUAACUUCUACCACCAACUACCAAGUAGCUAGUAUAACUCUCCAUUCAACUUGCUUGGCAUCCACAAAACAACCAGGCUCUUUUAUUACCCGCGCAAUGGUGACAGAGUAAAUAUCACACUCUUCUCCCUUCUCUUAAAUAUCUGAGGCACCAGAGCACACACCACUAUACAUUAAAGCAUGAAAACUCAUUAAUUUCCCUUCACCCGUCUUUCUCCCUUCAAACUCAAUGCCUGAAACCCCAUAGUUUCCUUCUUCUUUUCACGUUACACGCGUCCAAUCACCCCAGCGGCAAAGAUGGGUCUCAUUCUAACAAUCCAUCUCCUCUUGUGUAUACUAUCGUCUGCAAAUGCUGAAUUUUCCAAGAACACGUACAUCAUUCAAAUGGAUAAGUCAGCAAAGCCUGAGACCUUCUCCAAUCACCUUGAAUGGUAUACCUCAAAAGUGAAAUCAAUUCUGUCCAACUCGGUAGAAGCUGAGAUGGACAAGGAGGAGAGAAUCAUUUACACCUACCAAACUGCUUUUCAUGGACUGGCUGCCAAGUUGAGCCAAGAAGAAGCUGAGAAGCUAGAGGCAGAAGAAGGGGUUGUGGCCAUGUUCCCGGAUACUAAGUAUCAACUUCACACCACGAGAAGUCCAACUUUCCUUGGGCUUGAACCAACACAAAGCACUAACGUGUGGUCAGAAAAGUUGGCCAACCAUGAUGUCACAGUGGGAGUGCUCGACACUGGGAUUUGGCCUGAGAGUGAGAGCUUCAAUGACACAGGCAUGAGAUCAGUUCCUUCUCACUGGAAAGGUGCCUGUGAGACCGGUAGAGGCUUCGAAAAAUAUCACUGCAACAAGAAGAUCGUGGGGGCAAGAAUGUUUUACCAUGGGUAUGAAGCGGCAACAGGUAAAAUUGAUGAGAAAACAGAAUACAAAUCGCCAAGAGAUCAAGAUGGUCACGGAACUCACACUGCAGCUACAGUUGCUGGCUCCCUGGUGCAUGAUGCUAAUCUUCUAGGCUAUGCUCAUGGCACAGCAAGAGGAAUGGCACCAAGAGCGAGAAUUGCUGCUUACAAAGUAUGCUGGACUGGUGGAUGCUUCAGCUCAGAUAUUCUUUCAGCUGUUGAUACAGCUGUGGCUGAUGGAGUCGAUGUUCUAUCCAUCUCUUUGGGUGGUGGAGUCUCCUCUUACUACCGUGAUAGUUUAUCUGUAGCUGCUUUUGGAGCAAUGGAGAAAGGUGUUUUGGUAUCGUGUUCUGCUGGAAAUGCAGGACCUGACCCUGUUAGCCUCACAAAUGUGUCACCUUGGAUCACCACAGUUGGAGCCAGCACCAUGGAUAGAGAUUUUCCAGCAGAUGUUAGUCUUGGAAAUGGAAGAAAGAUAACGGGAACCUCGCUCUAUAAAGGGAGAAGCGUGCUCUCAGUUAAGAAACAGUACCCUUUAGUAUACAUGGGAAAUAUCAACUCAAGCAUACCUGAUCCAAGAUCUUUGUGCUUGGAAGGUACUCUGGAUCGUAGAAUGGUUUCAGGCAAGAUUGUUAUCUGUGACAGAGGCAUUAGUCCAAGAGUUCAGAAGGGUCAAGUGGUGAAAAAUGCAGGCGGGGUGGGAAUGAUUCUCACCAACACUGCAGCUAAUGGAGAGGAGCUUGUUGCAGACUGUCAUCUCCUUCCAGCAGUUGCAAUUGGAGAGAAAGAAGGCAAGGAGCUAAAACGUUAUGUGUUAACAAGUAAAAAAGCUACUGCAACUCUAGCUUUUCUGGCUACAAGGUUGGGUGUUAGACCAUCUCCUGUAGUGGCAGCAUUUUCAUCAAGAGGGCCCAAUUUUCUUACCCUUGAAAUUUUGAAGCCUGAUGUGGUGGCUCCAGGGGUGAACAUUAUUGCUGCUUGGAGUGGAGCCAUUGGUCCUUCAAGUUUGCCAACAGACCACAGGAGGGUGAAGUUCAAUAUACUCUCAGGAACUUCAAUGUCAUGCCCUCAUGUGAGUGGCAUUGCUGCUUUGCUCAAGGCUAGGCAUCCAGAAUGGAGUCCUGCUGCUAUAAAAUCUGCUUUGAUGACCACAGCUUAUGUCCAUGACAAUACCAUCAAGCCUCUCAAGGAUGCCUCGAGUGCUGAUGCCUCAACUCCUUAUGAUCAUGGUGCUGGACACAUCAACCCCGGAAGAGCUCUUGACCCAGGUUUGGUUUAUGAUAUUCAGCCACAGGAUUACUUUGAAUUCCUGUGCACCCAGAAACUGACUCCAUCUGAACUCGGAGUUUUUGCCAAGUAUUCAAACAGAACUUGCAGUCACUCUCUUGCAAGUCCUGGGGACUUGAACUACCCAGCCAUAUCCGUAGUUUUUCCACAGAUUAAUUCCUCUUCAGUUUUGACCGUUCACAGAACUGCCACCAAUGUUGGCCCUGCUGUCUCCAAGUACCAUGUUGUGGUUUCACAUUUCAAAGGCGCUUCUGUUAAAGUUGAGCCAAACACCUUGAGUUUUACCAAAAAAUACCAGAAACUAUCUUACAAAGUUACAUUCACAACACAAUCUCCACAAACAGAACCUGAAUUUGGAGGUCUGGUAUGGAAGGAUGGUGUGCACAAAGUAAGAAGUCCAAUUGUCAUAACAUAUUUGUCACCAAUAUGAAACUUUCCUUGGAUUAUCUCUAAGUUUACCAGUAUUUCUUCGUUUUUUUUCUUUUGCAAUAAGCAAAAUUUUCUGUACUACGAAGUGUAUGCAUUUUUAUUACAGGAAAAUGCUGGAUAUUAUCUGCUUUCAAUAA